ACUGAAACUCCCGAAAGUUUGAGCAAAACCCCGCUAAAAAUUGGUAAAAACUGCGAAAAAUCGCUUUUAUGAGUAUCGGAAGAGUUUUAUUGACUUCAAUCAAGUACAUUCUAUCGGAUCAGAUAUAAUAAAUUCGAUAUUCUUUAUUUUCAAAUUAAAUUUUAAAUGAAUUAUAAUACUUUCUUCGUUCUUCUUUCUUCGAUGUUCACGAACAAAACUGUCACUUCUCUUGAUAUUUUCUUUUUUUUCACUUGUAAUCAUUUUUUAAGAAAGUGCAUGAUCUAUAUCUUCCGUCAAAAACAUCUGUAAUAAUAAAUAUCUCAGCGUUCAAAUAACUGUGUAGGUAAAAACAUUGUCUCAAUCUUGAUUUUCAUGAAUUGUAUUGAAAAAAUAUUAAUGUUCAUAAAUAUCUAUGAGUUUAAUCAUCUUUAUUCGUUUACAUUUUUUAUUACAAAUAUUUCUAUUUUAAAACAUUUGUCCUGAGAAAAGUAGUAAGUAGUUAUAUUCAUGGCAUAUUUAUUAUAAAGAAACUUCUAAAUUGUUUGUUCUAAUUUUUCAGUUGUGAACGUACAAGUUCAUUUGAAGGCAUAAUGCUUUUAAAAAUUGUGUUUUGUGCUCUUGUGGGCUGUGCGUUAGUUCAGGGAUCCGAAUCCGUCAGUUCCCGUGAGUAUAACGAUGACGUUAUAGCGCGCAUUCUUGAACGAUUCAAGAAGCCGCAGGGGGGAUUCGAUGUCACAACGGGAGUUCUGGGAAAGCACCAGCCAGAGGACCAGCAGGAGAGCCAGGAGGACCAGGAGGGACUACGCAGCCUGACGAAGGGAAUCAUUGAGAUUUGCCACGGAAAUGAGAUAGUCCAGAAGAAUAAAAUUAAGUUCUAUUCUGGAAUGACGUAGGUUAGCCAAUUUUUUUCUAGGUUCAUUAGAUAUGGACGAACAUAUCUUCACUUAUGCCCCAAAAAGUUAGGUCCGGAUUUGUCCGUAACCGUUGUUUAAACUUUUGGAACCCCACGUUUUGUUAAAUAACGUCUUUGUUAUGGGUUGUACACGGAAACUGUUCAAACAAAAGUUGCUCGUCUCAUCAUUCUUGAAAAAAUGAGCCGUCAUGAGAUCGAUUAUCAUUAUUUGUUUAGUUGCAGAACCCAAAGUCCCGUGAAAAAAAAAAAAAUACAUUUUUCGUUAUAAAUUGAUAAAUAAACAACGUGUGGCUUUGAAACUCAUGAUACAAGUAAUAUAAGGUAUCUUCAAAAUUAUCGUACAAAUUUUUUUUGCUUAUGUUGUAUAGUUUAGCAACAAUCCGCAACAAGCCAAAAUCCGUAAAUCGUCUGCCCAGUCUGAUCGCAUUGGCCUACAGGUAGCCAAAAAAUCAUGGAGUCAGAUCGUUACUAGUACUUUCCAUAAAUGGAAAAAAAAAAUUUUUAUACACCAAAAUCACAAUUUUUGGGCGACUUGAAAUUUUAUGCUUUUAAACAAUUAGAGAUAUCUCGGAGAAUUUUCAUAUUAUUGUAAAUAUUAUGAUAGAUUGUACUUGCCCUUCAUUUGACGAGUAAUUUGAAAAAAAAAAAAUAUGAAUAUCUUGGUUAGAACCGGAGAUAAUGAUGUUUAAGUGUUAUUUUGUUUAUUGUUGUUGUUAUCAACAUUGGGGGGUGGAAAAAAAUAUCAUCUACCUCUCAACACCCCAGGGAAUCACCGUGAAUUUUUUCAGAUCCUUAGGUGCGUUUUAUCUAAUUAAAAAAAAUUGAUUAAAGUUCGUCGAGCGUCGUCAGUCGGAGAAAUGAGACCGAGCGGCGUGGUGGGGGGUCCGAGGCCUCGCGCGCCCGGCCGUUUCUACCGCUUACUUAACAAAUCGAUUACUCCGUUAAUAAUUACCGUACAAUAGUUUAUUUUUUUUUUAACUAUGCUAUUUUUUUCUCAACAAUUCGAAUCUGAAAUUAGAUUUUCAAUAUUCAUGAAUUUUUUUUUUU